GGCCUGGCCAUAAAAGUUCUGCCUUCUUUCAGAAAAUGUACCAGUCCAGACUGAGGUGGCCUCUCACUGAUUUUUGACAGCCUCAUGUAUGAGCGUGUAUAUAUCAGCCAUCUCACCUUUUUCUGCCUUGGCGCGGACAGCAGGCGCCGAUGGAAAUGCAGGGUGGGUGCCCACUGACCGUUGUGCCAUAGUACACUGGCCUCAGCAGGCAGACAGGAAAGGCAAAAAACUGGGCCUUCACUCAUACGGACAAAUGCUGUUUCAAGCCAUGUAACCUGAGUGCCUGAGGAAUGACAGACAUUUCAUUGCUGUAUGUAUCCAUUAAUCACCACCUCAGCUCACUCUAAAGUUCUACUUCUUCUCUGUUGAAAAAAAAUAAAAAGGCUGCUUAACAGUGUCUUAGAGGAAGUUGUGCAGUAAUUUAAGAAAAGUAUUAAACGAAGGGAAGGAGAUAUUGCUUCCCUUGGCAUUUUGAAGUGCUCCAGAAAUUGCAUGAUGAUUUUGGCAGGUUGCUUAGUUUGCUCUUUUUCUGCAAUUACAGGCGCCUUCCCAAUGAUCACUUCUUGGCAACAGAAUUCUGCCUAUUGGGCAUUUUCAGGUGAAAUUCUCUGCAGUAUAAACAGGAGUAAGACCAAAGCCUGUGACUGGCCACACCUUACUGACCAGUACUCAACACAUGUUGUUACAUGUUUUAGGUAAAUACUAAACAAACACAUUCACUACAGAGAACAGGCAGAAGUGUGUUUGUGUUUGCAGAAAUGUGUUUUUACGUAUGCUUAAAAAUGCCAUUCCCAGUCAAAAUAUGUAAAAUAUAUAUUUAAAAAUUACAUAUGUAAAAAUUAUUAUAUGUGAAUCAGAUGAACGUCACUUGGAAUAGAUGUCAAAGCAAAAAGCCAGGGGUCCUAAGAUGGGGCACACCUUAAGAAUUGAGUGUUGUGUUCAAAGUCUCAGUAUUUCAGGGCACUUCUGCUCCUGCAAAGUUACAAUUUUUUUUUUUUUUUCUUCUUUUCUGUCUGUAUAGUGGCAGGCAUUAUUUAGUGUUGUGUCUUUGCAUUUUUAGAUUAAACUUUCCUUCCAUCCACUUUUUAAUAUAUUUCAGAAUGUCCUUUGGAAAUUAGGUUGGCUCCAUUUUGCUUUCAUGUACCUAGCAGGACUUUGAAAAUCAAGGUGAUGUCAUCAAAUAAAUGAGCUCAGCCUCACAUUCGGUCUGUAUUUUGCAAUGCAAAUUUAGGAGGAAUUUUUAAAGAAAAGAAAAUCAAGACAAAAAGGAAAAAAAACAGAAAGUUUUGCUUAGAGGAGAUAAGUCAGUAUUAUUACUCAGUGUUUAAUCACUUCAAAUUUCAAACAAAAUGAGGGAAAUUGUACACAUGCAAGCAGGCCAGUGCGGAAACCAGAUCGGAGGCAAGUUUUGGGAAGUCAUAAGUGAUGAGCAUGGCAUUGACCCGUCUGGUACCUACUGUGGAGACAGCGACCUGCAGCUUGAACGAAUCAACGUGUAUUACAAUGAGGCAUUGGGUGGAAAGUAUGUUCCUCGAGCAGUGCUAAUUGACUUGGAGCCAGGAACAAUGGAUUCUGUGCGGUCUGGUCCAUUUGGACAAAUCUUCAGACCUGACAGUUUUGUCUUUGGACAAAGUGGAGCAGGUAAUAACUGGGCUAAAGGCCACUACACUGAGGGAGCUGAGCUGGUGGAUUCAGUCCUGGAUGUGGUCAGGAAGGAGGCAGAAAGUUGCGACUGCCUCCAGGGCUUCCAGCUUACACACUCAUUGGGAGGUGGCACCGGCUCCGGUUUGGGAACUCUGCUCAUCAGCAAAAUCCGUGAGGAAUAUCCCGACCGCAUCAUGAACACAUUUAGCGUGGUUCCUUCACCUAAAGUGUCAGAUACUGUGGUGGAACCCUACAACGCCACCCUGUCUGUCCAUCAGCUGGUUGAGAACACAGACGAAACCUACUGUAUUGACAAUGAAGCUCUGUAUGACAUCUGCUUCCGCACACUCAAACUCACCACUCCUAACUAUGGCGAUCUUAACCACCUAGUCUCUGCCACAAUGAGUGGUGUGACCACGUGCCUGCGAUUCCCUGGCCAGCUCAAUGCUGAUCUUAGGAAACUGGCCGUCAACAUGGUGCCCUUUCCCAGACUUCACUUCUUCAUGCCAGGCUUUGCUCCCCUAACCAGCCGGGGUAGCCAACAAUACAGAGCACUGACAGUUCCAGAACUUACCCAACAGAUGUUUGAUUCAAAGAACAUGAUGGCUGCUUGUGACCCGCGCCAUGGACGCUACCUAACAGUUGCUGCCAUCUUCAGGGGACGCAUGUCCAUGAAGGAGGUGGAUGAACAGAUGCUGAAUGUUCAAAACAGGAACAGCAGCUACUUUGUGGAGUGGAUCCCCAACAACGUCAAGACGGCUGUCUGUGACAUUCCUCCCCGAGGUCUGAAGAUGGCUGCCACCUUCAUUGGCAACAGUACUGCCAUUCAAGAACUAUUUAAACGCAUCUCAGAGCAGUUCACAGCUAUGUUCCGGCGGAAGGCCUUCCUGCAUUGGUACACGGGCGAGGGAAUGGAUGAAAUGGAAUUCACAGAGGCAGAGAGCAACACGAACGACCUGGUGUCUGAGUACCAGCAGUACCAGGACGCCACCACUGAAGAUGCAGGAGAUGAGGGUGAGGAGGAGGAGGAAAUGGCCUAGAUACCUGCCAAGACUUUGCUUCAUUAUUUCUACUGUGUAAGAGUGAAGGGGCUGGUACCUUGGUAUAUUUAGUAGAACUAUAUAUUUUAGACCUUUUUAGGGGAGAGGGAGCAGCGUAGGUUCAGGGUCUUGAUGUAUAGUCUGUCCAGGUAGGAGUACCACUCUCACAGGAUCUCGAUGUACAUAAUAUUACUCUUAUUUAUAGUAUUUUGUAUAAUUUAUACAGUAUUUUUGUACAUAUAUAGUAUUUUUAUAGCAUGUUAUUUAUUUAUUUAUUUAUUAUAUGUAUGUAUUUAUUAUAUUUACUUAUUUAUAUUUAUUCAUGUAUUUAUAAUUGUAUUACUAUUUAUGCACUAUUUAUUUGUUAUUGGGAUUUACUCACAUGUUACUACAGUGUUUACGACAGUAACCGGAAAGUGUGCAAUGAUCUAAAGAUACUUUGUUACAAUGUUAACAGAAAGUACUUUUAUGGAAAAUGACAUGGAAAAAAAGAUCAAAGAGUGGUUAA